AUGGCAAAUUCUUUUUUCGGGUUCGAUACUUCGUUUCCGAACCUAAAUGAUGAUGAAGGUGGUGGAGGACCAUCAGAGGACGAGUAUGACGCUCUCAACGACGAGACGUUUGGACAAGACUCGGACGAGUUGGACUGGGAAGUGGAGCACGAGCAGCUUGCUGAACAGCUAGAGAGUAGUCGGCGCAAUCAUAGCGCCAUCGACGAAGCCAACUCGCAGCUUGAAGCUUCCCUCUCCAAGCUUGUGUUGGAUGAAACUGACGCACCGCAGUCGCGACAGUCAUUUAACUCAAAUGUCUGGCGCCACGAUCUCUCCUUUCCAACAGCACCUACACCUGCACCACCGCUGAAAAAUGUGUGCACAGUGGAAGAAUUGGAGAGGCAGUUGCGGCAGAACCAAUCAACUCAGCAACAAGGAGCUUUCUCUGGGCAGAACUUUUUCCAACCUCGAUUUCCACCUGUCAUACUUCAAAGACCACCGGGUCUCCAGGCUCCUGUUCCGCUUCCAUAUGCACCACAACAACCUAUGACUCACAAUGUCAAUCAGAUGAACCAAUCUUUGAACAAAGUCAUUGGUCAAUCCGGCCAGAUGAACCAACUUGGACAAGGAAAUCAACUAAUGCAGAAUCAUAUGCCUCAAAAUGUAAAUCAAUUGGGUCAAAAUAAGAACCAAAUGGCCCAAAAUAUUAACCAAUUAAGUCAAAAUAUCAAUCAAUUAAGUCAGAAUAAUCCAUUCAUGCAGAACAGCCAAAUUGGUACUCAGUUCCAAAACAAUCACAUGGGACAGGGCAUGAUGAAUCAAAUCCAGCAUAACAUGCAAAAUGUUCAUACACAAAUGAAUCAUCAAACAAACCAGAUGUUACAAAAUCAAAUGGGACAAAAUAUGAGUCAAAUAGGUCAGACUAUUAAUCAAAUGGAUCAAUCCAUGGGUCAGUUGGGUCAAAAUAUGAACCAAAUGGGACAUAAUAUGAACCAAAUGGGUCAAAACAUGAAUCCCAUGGGGCAAAAUAUGAAUCAAAUGGGCCAAAAUGUUAACCAAAUGAUGCCCAAUGGUAAACAGUUUGGACCAGGAAUGAACCAAUUUCCUCAUAUGAUGGGCCAUCCUAGAAUGAUUGCCCCACCACCUGGAAUGAGCAUGCCAAGACAAAAUUUUAGUCCAAGUAUGAACCAAUUUAAUCCUAAUUUUCGUGGCCCAAUGCCAACCAAUAAAGGACCAGAGCAACAGCAGCCUACAAUAAAUCAACAGAAUAUGAUCAUGAACCAACAACAUCCAAAAAACCAAGCAUCACAGCCAAACCAAAAUAUGAUGAAACCAGCGAUGAACCAAUCGCCGCUGACUAACCAUUCGCAACAGAUCAAGUCCAAUCAAAAUGUCAACGUUAAGCCAGUGGCUAACCAGAGGAACGAUCAGAAGUCUCAGAAACCCCGUGUUUACAACAACGCAAAUACAAACAAGAUGGUGUCACCGCAAAACCUUGCCAAGUUUUUGAUGCAGAGCACAUACCCCGUGCUACCAUAUAACAACAGCUUUCAUAACGCCAGUCAUCACCCGAUGUUGAACAACCGAAGUGCAGUGUUUACUAAUAGUCAGUUUGUUAACAAUCACCCCAUGCUAAACAACCAAAGACCCAACGGGACAUUCAAUAAUGUGAACAGGCAUAUCAUGAAUGGAGAUGACAGCAGUCUUAGUGGAAGCGACGUUGACGAAUACGCCGGUCUAAUGACGCAGCGUGAGAAACAGUGGCUUAUAAACAUACAGAUGCUGCAGCUAAAUACGGGGACACCGUACAUACACGAUUUCUAUUACACGGUAUUCCUGGAAAGGCAGGCAAAUAAGGAAAAAGAGGGAGUGAAGGAGGCUCACAAAGCAAACCAGCAAAAUCAUCCCUUCUACAGUGGCGCCGUAAAACACGAGCAGCAGCCGAGAGAACGUCAUAACUCGCACCGUCACAACUCAACAAGUGAAGAUGGCGCACCGCCAAGAGCGUAUGUGCCGACGCAGUUUGAAAAUUCACUCGGGAAACUGCAGUGCGGCAGUGUAACAGCUCCUAGGAAGAUAAUCGACGUAGAAGUGGUGGCUGCAGAGCCGUCGUCGGCGAGGGUCUCUAGGGCACCCAGUGUUGCCAGCACCACUAACCCUGCUGAGGUCCCGCGGGAAGUGAAAAGGACGAAACAGUUACUGUUGGACAUUGAAGCAUUAUAUUUGAUCCUGUUAAGGCUGGAGGAACUGAAUGACCCUCUGGCGAUUUCAAAUGCGCUCAUACUUAAGGAAAGAGAAGAGAAGCAGAAACAGUUGGAAGCGGCACAAAAGGAAGCGCUAGAAAAUGAACCAGAAGAAGAUUCAAAUCUCUUCCUCAGAAACAUCGAAUCCGUUCAAAGAAGGCCGAAACAGGAGAGUCCUAAAAGCGAAAGCAUAGACAAGAGGCAGGUGGUGAACUUAGCUGUCAAUCAAAAACCGGCACCUGUAAAGAACUUACUAGAUGAAGAUAAGGAUGAUCUGCUAAAUAAAAUGUUUGCUGGUUUACUGCACGGUGACCGCCUGUCUCAGAUGUUGAGUGUAAGGAAAGGAAAGGCGCUGGUGGCGAGGUUUUUGUCGCGCGUGCCCUCCUCGCACGUGCGUCUCCGCGCGCUUUGGGCGCGUGCGCUGCGCGCCGUGCCGCAGGCCGCGCGCCGCGACGACGGCGGCCUCGCCGCGCUCGCGCCGCACUACCGCAGAUACAUUCAAAACACAACGGGCUGGUCCGCUAUUUUGGAGUCGUGCGGAAUAUUGUCCGAAGCGAUAGACCCCGCGAGAACACCACACGCGUUGACCACUGCCCUUACACUAAGCUGCGUAUGCGCAAUGCUUGAGAAGGCGAUGAUGUUAGUAAACACUCCAGAGGCGACAUCUAGCGAGCGGCAGUGGUUCAAAUUCCUCAAGAGUCUAGCGAGGGCACUUAAAAACACCACUCUGGUGGUCGCGAAACCCGUCCAGCCUUUAGCGGAGUCGAAGGUGGUGCAUCACUUAAAACAGCUCGAGUCCAGGAGCACCAUAGAGAUCCUGCAAAGAGGCAGAACGACCGCGGAGUUCGCUGAUCUGACGAAAAACGAUGUUUCUGUACAGUUGAUUAAACAUUUAUGUUGA